UCUCUCUCUCUCUCCUCUGUCUUUCUUGCCCAUUUCUUCUUCUUCUUCUUCGUCUGCCAUUACUUUCUCUCUCUUCAAAUAAAUUAGUUGAGAGAUAGGGUUAACAGUGUAGAAGUAGAGUGAGAAAAUGGGGUGGUUCCUUUGCACUGGUAAAUCAAAGAAGAAACAAAAGAAAGAACAACAGCCCAACAACCCUGAUCAUCAGAUCUCGUCAACUAUAGAAAAACUAAAGGCGAAUCCAUCAUUUGAUAUAAAGAAAGAAGGUUAUAAAGAUGGAGGAUCUGGUUACAUCGCGGCCCACACUUUUACCUUUCGUGAAUUGGCUUCGGCUACCAAGAAUUUCCGAGCAGAUUGUCUUUUAGGCGAAGGCGGAUUCGGCAGAGUGUAUCAAGGAAGAUUAGAAAGCACUAAUCAGAUUGUGGCUAUAAAACAACUCGAUCGAAACGGUUUGCAAGGAAACAGAGAAUUUCUGGUCGAAGUAUUAAUGUUGAGUCUUCUUCAUCACCCGAAUUUAGUAAACCUAAUCGGAUACUGUGCCGAUGGAGAUCAAAGACUUUUGGUGUACGAAUACAUGCCACUAGGCUCGUUAGAAGACCAUCUUCACGAUCUUCCGCUUGAUAAAAAACGUCUCGAUUGGAACACGAGAAUGAAAGUGGCUGCCGGUGCAGCAAAGGGAUUGGAGUACUUGCACGACAAAGCGAAUCCGCCGGUUAUUUAUCGAGAUUUGAAGUGUUCGAAUAUUUUAUUGGAUAAUGAAUAUCAUCCUAAGUUGUCUGAUUUUGGAUUGGCUAAACUGGGGCCCGUAGGGGAUAAUACGCAUGUUUCGACGAGAGUUAUGGGAACUUAUGGAUAUUGUGCGCCGGAAUAUGCUAUGACUGGACAGCUCACAUUGAAAUCCGAUGUUUAUAGCUUUGGGGUUGUGCUUCUAGAAGUUAUUACGGGAAGAAAGGCAAUCGAUAAUUCAAGAUCCGGCGGCGAACAUAAUCUUGUUGCUUGGGCUCGUCCACUAUUUAAAGACCGAAGAAAGUUCUCGCAAAUGGCGGAUCCAAUGCUGCAAGGUCAAUACCCGUCUCGAGGAUUAUACCAAGCGCUUGCAGUAGCUGCAAUGUGUGUGCAAGAGCAGCCGAAUAUGCGUCCACUCAUCGCAGACGUUGUUACCGCUUUAACUUAUCUUGCUUCACAAAAAUACGACCCCGAUACUCAGCCCCCCCAAAGGCCUAAUUCCGGCCCCACCACUCCAAGAAUUCGAAGGUAAACAACAAUUCAAGAAAAAUAAUCCGACCAAUCACGAUGAUGAAGCCUGGUAUAAAAACGAAAAGUGAAAUAAAAAAAAAGGAGGUUGAAUUGGUCAACAAAGACAUGUUGAUUUUGUGAAGAUUUUCGAAUUUUUGUUCUUUUUCUUUUUUCGGGUUCGUUUGUCGUAUUUUCCCUGAUAUAUAAGGGCUUUUGUAUCUAAAAUGUUAAUAUAAGUUGCUAUAAACAUUAUAUUAUUUCAUAUAUUUUGGUAGCA